AGAAUAAAGAAAAAAUAAAUGUACGGAUAGACUGUCUAUUCUCUCGCACACUUUGUGUUGUUGCUCCCUGGGCGCACGUAUCCAGAGAAACUGCGCAGAUCUUCAAGAAUCUGCGUGAACGCAUCCAAUGUCUUUGCUAUUUCAGCAGUUUUUGUUUUUUUUAGCAGAUCAGUCGCCUACGUGUUGCAGAGGGCGUCUGUUUUUUAUUUUUUUUUAUUUUUAUAAAUAGUUAUUAUUUUAUGUACAUCCUAUGUUGUUAUCAAAGGUUACAUUCAUUUAACUAGUAUAUGGUUCAAAAAUUAAAUAAUGUCUGUACAUACUGUAUCAGAAUACCUUAGCUGUUCACAAAUGUUGUCCCUCUUUUAAAACUUUGAUCAUAACAAACACGCCUCCAGGCGGUUUCCCGUGCGCCUCUUGCAAAUUAGGAGGUGUUCAGCCUCAGGAAACAAAACUAUGCUACUUUGAGUCGUUGCAAUUUCCGAUAGUGAGAGGAAAGAUCUUCAGAAAAUUGUGUGAAUAGGUUAACAAAUUCUGAUUUGAUUUAGCAGAAGCAAGUCCCGGAAUAUUGGCCUGGUUUUCGUUACAAUCAAAACAUCCAGCCAGGAAAUACGCUAGUAAUAAGGGGUUUCCGUGACUUUCUGCAAUCGAGAACUAGUUCUACUAGAGAGAAAUGAACAAAACGGUGUGUUUGUUUCUUUUUAUAUAUCGGAAAAAAUAGGUCUAGUGCUAGAUGGUUAACCAAGGGACGACGUUAAAAGAGUAAAGAAAAGGAAAAUUAAACAACAAAUUUAACUACAAAUAUAACCACCGUAAUAAUAUCACCGCUUGGAAAUUAUAGGACACGGAAAGCCUGUUAUUGUAAUUAUUAUUUAUUUGGAAUAUUUUUCUGUGAAGGUACUAUUAACCUAAAAAAGUUAUUUUAUUUCUUUUUUUUUAUUUUCAUCUACUUUAAAAUGUACAUCUGAUGCCAUUUACUUGCCUUCAACUAAAGCUAUACGGGUUACAAUUCCUGCGUUGUGACAGUGAAAUUACAGUAGUGCGUUACAGUACAGCCAUACACAGUAUCGUAUGAAAAAAUAAACAUAAUAACUAGUAUACAACUAUACUGAGAUACACACGUUUUGGUUGAUCAGAAACCAGUAUAAAUAAUGCCAGAUUCAUCACCUGUCAAUCUGAACAUACCUGGCAGUUUUCUCCAGAAAACUUGCACAGUGGUUGUGGUUUUCUGUGCGCUUCAUCUCUCAGUUACUGUGCUGUAUUAUUUUAAUACUUUUGAAAUGAUUAAAAACAGCGUUUUUGCCCGAAACCAACAACAGAAACAUAUAAACUUCAGCACUGUAUAUCCCACCACCAUGUUGCAAAUCGCACCAAUAACAGAAACUACUGCAACAUUUAAAACGGAAGCAGAAGAAACCAAACGAGAAGAACUGGAACAAUGUGCCGAAACAUCGCCACUUCUCGUGGGCCCACUUAGGGUUGAGUUUUCCCAGCCAGUUGAUUUGGAGGAAAGCAAGAAACAGAAUCCAGCACUACAAGAGGGAGGCAGGUUUACCCCACGAGACUGUAAAGCUCUUCAGAAAGUGGCUGUCAUCAUUCCAUUCCGAAAUCGCGAGGAACAUCUCAAGUACUGGCUGUACUAUCUUCACCCCAUUCUGCAGCGACAGCAGCUUGAUUAUGGUGUUUAUGUGAUACAUCAGUACGGAGAAGAAACUUUCAAUCGGGCUAAGCUGCUGAAUGUAGGCUAUGCUGAAGCUUUGAAAGAAUAUGAUUAUGGUUGCUUUGUGUUCAGUGAUGUGGACUUGAUCCCAAUGGACGACCGCAACAUCUACAAGUGUUUUGGUCAGCCAAGACACAUCGCUGUAUCUAUGGAUAAAUUUGGCUUCAGUUUGCCGUAUCAACAGUACUUUGGAGGUAUAUCUUCUUUAAGCAAGGAGCAGUUUGAAAAGAUCAAUGGCUUCCCCAACAACUACUGGGGGUGGGGAGGUGAAGAUGAUGAUAUUUACAACAGAAUUGUUUCUAAAGGUAUGGGAAUAUCUCGCCCAGAUGGCAUUAUUGGAAAAUGUCGAAUGAUCCGGCAUAACAGAGACAAGAAAAAUGAACCUAAUCCACAGAGGUUUGAUAGAAUUGCACACACAAGGGAGACAAUGAAUGGAGAUGGCAUAAAUUCUCUGUCUUACAAGGUGGUUGAAAUUAAAAAGAAUACAUUAUUUACAGAAAUAAUUGUGGAUAUUGGCUCUCCAAGAAGGUAACCUCCAGUAUAUGCAAAUUUUGUUUUUAUAUAUAUAUAUAUAUAUAUAUAUAUAUAUAUAUAUAUAUAUAUAUAUAUAUAUAACAUUUCCCAAAAUGUGCCUUAUAAUUUACUGCAUGUAAAUAAAAUGUUGUUUGGCUCCUGAGAUUGUGGAAUCCAAUCAUACAGAGUUUCUGUUACUGUAUAUUGCUCAAAAAUACUGCUGCGUCAGUUAAUCCAAUUCUUGUUUUAAAUAACUGGUCAGUAGUGACAAAAGGGAUAUGUGUUUAAUUUGUAUGUAAACUGACAGGACAAAAAAAGAACCCUCUCUGCAACGUCAAUAUAGAUCUGUAAUCAUACCGGCUCCAAACCGGUUAUAUCUGUUGCAACAUACCCAGGGAAGACCCUUCAUGCUUCGCUGUUUGCACCACACACACACACUGUAGAUGUUAAGCUUCAUUGGAGUUGUCACACCCCACCCAAAAAAAAAAAAAAAGAAGAAGAGGCAGAGGCAACGAUGUGCUCUGUGAUUCAUAAAUGCAAAUCAACCACAACACUCAAUAUUUGUCCAAGGUGUAUGUGUGUGUGUGAUUUCUGUGUAUGUAAAUAUAGGGUAGUGCAGACAGAUUAUUUCAAUUUAUGAUAAUGAUUGUACUCUUGUUGGCAAAUCUGGAUAAUCUGUGUAAAACAUUGAGGAUGAUCAUGGUUGUAUGAAUGGUUUUGGUCUAUCCAUAUAUUUCAGGUAGAACGCCUUCUUGUUUCUGUCUGACACAAAAUUUAAAAAAUCUAAAUUCUCUGCACAUGUAGAGCAAACCCUGAGUAAGUGGUUCACCAAUGGUGAGUGUAGGUGAUCGUAAAGAUGGGUCUUUGUAUGUUUGCACACACUUUUAUAUAGAGACAUUGGAAGAUUUUAAAUAAUUGCUUUUCGGGAAGUAUCAUUGAGCCUGUAUCCCAAUGUGAUUGUAGCUUUAGUAUACAGAACUCUGGCUGCUGAUUCUAAAUUAUGCAGUCUGCAAUGCAGCCAUGCUGUAAUGCAAAAGCAAAACUGAGGAAGGAAUACAUAAAGUUAUAAAAUCAGCAAAUUCCUCUCUGACAAUUUUCCUUUACUCAGUGUCUUCAUGUUUUUGUGUCGCAUUGUAUUAAACAACUCUCGAUUACAGUAGGCAAUAUAUACAACACCUAUAUGUAAUUUUAUCUUUUAUUGUAUAUGUAAUUUUAUUUAAACUGCAGUAAAACAGUUAAUGGAUAAAGUUUACUUUUUUCCUUUUCAUUAAAGGCAUUGAAAUGUGCAUUAAUUGCCCUUUUAUACCUAUUAUUGUGUCGAAUAGAAAUAUGUCUAAUGUUGAUGCUGUAUCUGUAUCAAUUUGUAAUAUCAAGUUAUUUGAAUAUCUACAUUUCAACAUUUAGACAGCCUGUAGAUGUGGGUCUAGCUCGGUUAUUUAAUUGCAGUGUCAAAACUUGUAUGUUGUGUUAUUUUUGUAACUACAAUCUAAGACUUCCAGCUCAGCCUCUGCAAGAUGUUCUAUAGAAUAUUUCAACUAUGCAGUGACAUAGGCUUUAUUAGGAAAUAGUGGUUGUAUUGAUCUCUUAUAGACAUGCUAUGACCCCAUAAAGGAGCUAAAUAACCCACCCCACCCUACCAAUGGCCAGGUAUGCUGUAUUGCUCAUAUCUGUGAACUGAUUUCAGGUCUCACUGGUUCAAGUGGUAAAACCGGAAAAAACGUGUUUGGUGUUUGUUUUGUGGUCUUGUCAAAUGUACCAUUGUUUUCAAAUGAAUAGCUGUGCUGUAUUUUGUUUGCAGUAGAAUGGUUGUAAUAUAGUGAUAUGAUUGUAACCAUAACGUUGUCUUGGGUGUUGCAAGGAUGUUGGUUUGUAGUUUCUCUGGGGGAAUUAUGUGCUGUUCUCAUUUUUCCCAUCAGCAAACUGCUAAAUAAAUACCAGUCAUUUUCAAUUUGUUAACAGGCAGAGAAAUUGCAUGUACCCUUUUGUUGCCCCUCCUCCACCCCCAGUCCCUUCAAACCGUCAUCGUUGUGACUUUCUUAGUUUAUAGAGUAUGCAGUGAAAAUAUAUGUUUGUUGUGGUGUGCUGUUAUGCAAAAAUGUAUUAGUUGGAAUAAAAACAUGUUUAUUCAGUCAAAACAAA